AUGGAUCUCAUGAACCGCGUGUUUCAUUCAUAUCUGGAUCAGUUUGUGGUGGUGUUUAUCGAUGACAUUUUGAUCUACUCCAGAGACAGGGUUGAACAUGAUAAACAUUUGCGGAUUAUACUUCAGACACUAAGGGAUGAACAGCUAUAUGCCAAGAUCAGUAAGUGUGAGUUUUCGCUGGAAGAAGUUUCUUUCUUAGGACAUGUGGUGUCAUCGGAGGGUAUCAGAGUGGAUCCUAUGAAGAUUGAAGCUAUUGUGGACUGGAGACCACCCAGAAAUGUCACAGAAGUUCGAAGUUUUUUGGGUUUAGCCGGUUAUUAUAGAAGGUUUAUAAAGGGAUUCUCUAUCAUUGCAUCACCUUUAACAAGAUUAUUGAAGAAAGCGGUUGUAUUCCACUGGGAUGAUAGAUGUCAGCAGAGUUUUGACACUUUGAAGAAAAAGUUAAAAGUGACUGAGCACCGUAUUGGUUGA